CUAGUCAUCCAGAUUAUUUAUUUCCUGAUGUUAUUCGUUUAACUUAUCCAACAUUUACAACUCCGGACAAAAUUACUGAACGUUUAAUUCAAAUGUACGUAGCUUAUGCUCCUAUUGAACCAGGUUGUCAAAGUAAUGAUUGGAUUGAUGCUUUAGCUGCUGCAGACUAUUUAGUUACGAUU